AUGCUGGAAUUGAUCAAAUUCGGUAUAGCUUUGACGCUUAUAUAUACUUCGAAGCAUUAUUCACCUCUUUUAGCCGCCGUUGGACUCUCCAUUGUUGGUUAUGUUGUUUGCGACUUUUUAAUUCCACGUGUGGGACCCCAUUUCAUAAAAAUUGGCCGUUUUGGCAAAGAUUUGAGUAAGCCGGGCAGACCGAUCAUACCGGAAACUGUGGGUGCUGUACCGGCUACUGUUUACAUUUUCAUCAUGUUUUUCAAUAUCCCAUUUCUGUUUUACAAAUAUUUGGUGGUGAUGACUUCGGGCGGAGGCCAUAGAGAUGUGUCGAUUGAAGAGACACCAGGUGAAAUCUUUUUUCCACAUGCUAAACUUUCGGAAUACUUAAGUGCAGUUCUGUGUCUCCAAAGCACUGCGCUGCUAGGAAUCGCAGAUGAUCUAUUCGAUUUGAGAUGGAGACACAAAUUUUUCCUACCGGCCGUUGCCGCGAUUCCACUGCUUACGGUUUACUACGUUGAUUUUGGUGUUACCUACGUCCUAAUCCCGGAUUUUGCCAAGAAUUGGCUCAAUAUUACGAAAAGUGCGGUUAAUUUGGGACCGCUGUAUUACGGAUACAUGAGCAGUGUGGCAAUUUUCUGUCCAAACUCCAUCAACAUUCUUGCGGGAGUUAACGGGCUUGAAGUCGGACAAAGCAUUGUUCUGAGUCUAAUCUUUUUGAUAAACGAUACACUUUACCUACUAUUCGGCGCAGAAGCGUCACAGGACUCACACAAGCUUUCUGCCAUACUCAUUAUUCCAUUUCUCGGCGUGUCACUCGCAUUAUGGAAAUGGAAUCGUUGGCCAGCCAAGGUAUUUGUAGGCGAUACUUAUUGCUAUUUCGCAGGAAUGAUAUUCUCUGUCGUGGGAAUUUUAGGCCAUUUUUCCAAGACGGCGCUCUUGUUUUUCAUUCCACAGAUUUUCAACUUUGCCUACUCUUGUCCACAGCUUUUCGGACUCGUACCUUGUCCGCGGCACAGGCUUCCAAGGUUCAAUGAGAUGGAUGGCCUUAUGUACCCAUCUCGUGCCGAGUUUUCGACAAAGCCACCAAAAUCCGUAAUGAAACCCGUGUUCAGAGUACUCGAAUUCUUCAAACUCAUUCAUAUCGAAUACGAUACAAAGACAGGGGAGAUGGUAAACUGCACGAACAUGACUCUCAUCAACCUUGUGCUUGUAUGGUUUGGUCCUAUGCGCGAAGACAUUCUGUGUAACACAAUCUUGGCGCUGCAGUUUGCGAUUGGUCUAACAGCGAUUGCUGCCAGACAUGCGUUAGGAACGCUCAUUUUCGGUCACGACAAUUUGAACAUUCUUUGA